GCCCAAUCACAUACUGCCGAUAUGCAAUCUUUGGUACCUAUCAAAGGAUUUGGGGGAGGGGCCGAGAAAGAUAGCCGGCUACCGUGAGCAAUUAUCUGGCAGCAUAUUAACAUUGGUAGCCUAUACAGCUACUAUGCAAAGUGCUCCUUGAUAAUCGAGUCGAAAUGUCGCAAAAUGAUAACAUCUUGGAGCGGAGUCGUAAGGUGAAGAUACUUUUUAUUGACCUUAAAAGUCGACUAGAGGACGAUACUAGUGGUGUGCCGUCUCAAGUGUGUCCAGAAGCCAUUGAAGAUGCUUUAGAUCGAUUUCUACUAUGGUCCGGGAAUUUGGGCGCUCUCCAUUUACCGGAGAACAAGCUUUCUCUUGACUACCGCGUAAGGGCGGCGCCAGAGAUCCGAGACCAGAUAUGUGAAUUCCUCGAUGACCUUCGGUUAUCCAUUGAAGAGUUGACGGAAGCAAGUAUUCUCAGCACUCUCAAUCUAGAGUCUCUGGGCUUGAGCGAUGAUACGACUGAACUUGGUUCAAAGGAUGCAACAUCAUACACACUUAAACAAGUUUCAUCAUACGAAGCUCAAAGUCUUCUCGAGGAAAUAUCUCAAUGCAUCCGGUCACUUUUUAGGGUUGGAGUAUUAAUUCGAAAAGCAGUCCCACGGGAUCGAUUUCAGGAGGCUCUCCGGCGGUCAGACUCUAUGUUCCCACCUGCUUUUGACAUUGAUUAUGCAAAAAACAAGCAUCCUAAGCUGUGUAAGAAUGAUAUGGAAUGGCUAGCGGAGCGGAUCGGAAAAGCGAAUGCCCAAAGGAGACAAUAUAUUCAAUAUUGUCGUGAUCAUAGAACACGACUAGGCAAUAUACCGGACGAAACGGAUAGAGGAUCAGAUACUAACCGCGAAGAUGCGGAAAGCAAAGCCACUACUAUGUUUCCAAUCGAAGGACCCGAAUUAGAGGAAGAAACUAUAUCGUUGACGACUGCAUCAACGAUGUUUGACUCAAAAAACUGUCUUAAGUUACCGACAUUAGACAAGUUAUCACCUGAAUUAGAGUCUUUUGAAUGUCCUAUUUGCUUCACUCUCCAAUCAUUCACAGCUGAGACAGCCUGGAAGGCUCAUGCGUUUAGUGACCUUAAAGGGUACGUUUGCACAGUUGGAAGAUCAAGCUGUGAGGACGAGUUGUUUAGCAGUCGAAAUACGUGGUUCGAACACGAAUUAAAAAACCAUCGGUCAAAGUAUACCUGCCCUGUGUGUAGAACGGAGGUUGAUGGCGUAGCGUCUUUAAAAUCGCACCUGGAAUCGAUUCAUUGCAACUUUUCUGCCGAGCAAAUCUCCAGAUUGACCGAGGCAGGUAGGCAGACACCGACUCGCUUCAAAGCCCAAGAUUGCCCCUUUUGCGACGAGUGGGCUGAGGGCUUAAAAGAGAAAGGCCGUAUAAAGAACAGGUCUAAUUCUCAAAUUGAUGACAACUCGCUUGUUUCAAUGUCUCGCUUCAAAAGGCAUAUCGCUACUCAUCAAGAACAACUUGCGAUUUUCGUUAUACCGCGGUCCGAUGAAGGGGUGGACCAAAGUAGUACUUCAAGUUCAAAGAGAGAUGAGCUGGUCGCCCCAGAAGCCCCAACUGACAUUGUAUCUGAGGUGUCAGAGGAUUUAGCUUUACCUGUAACCGAAGGAACCCAUACCUCAUACGGACGUAGCAUCGAUAUUAGGACGGGAUGGGAAGGGGGUGGAGGUGGAGGUGGAGGAAUCUCAGAGUUGCGCUGGAAAUGCUGCGAAUGUGCUUUUACAGGCAUGAACUCAACUGUAUACAACGAAUUUUGUUUACAUUGUGGGCAUUUGAGAUGUUCAAGUUGUAACACCUGGCGGCCGAGAUAAGUGACUGCCUAAGGCACAACAAUGAAAUACCAUGAGCUUAAUCUACCCAUUGACUUCCAAACGAUACCUAAAUUUCGUAUAUAACGAGAAGUGUGCUAUUUAAUAAAGAUAUCC